AGUGCAUUUCACGCAAGAUUUCCAAGUGAUCGACAGUUGGGAAAAAAUAUUUAACUAGAAAAUGCCGCGCGGAUCACGUCGUUCUGCUCCUGCUCCGGCCCCAAGGGCUGCUCAUCCGCCCGCGCGAGUGCAUCAGCCACCUCCGCCGAUGCAAAUGCAACCUCAACCUCAGCAACCGUCUCUGUUCAAGCAAAUGGCGGCUACUGCUGGUGGUGUUGCCGUAGGAUCUGCCGUCGGUCAUGUGGUUGGACAUGCAAUGACUGGUGGACUGUCGGGUGGAGCUCAGCAAGUUGCUGCUGCCCCGGCAGCAGCUCCAGUUAACUCAUAUGUUCAGCCAGACCAGAUGCAAGGCCCAUGUUCUUUCGAGAUCCGGAACUUCUUGGAAUGCGCGCAGAAUCAGACAGAUUUGACGUUGUGUGACGGUUUCAAUGAAGUGCUGAAGCAGUGCAAGAUGUCGAACAAUUUGAUGAUGUAAGCCCGUGAUACUGGUUCCGCACCGAUGAUUAGUCGACCCGCGACGCGGACUAGCUUCAACUUCAUUCUGAGGAAUGUGUAGCAUAUGGUGCAAUAAAGUCCGCAUGUCCUCAUUCGAGACGGAGUUCAAUUUUUAGUAUUGUAUCUGCUAAAUGGUUGAGUCUUUUCUGUCGUUCCAUAAAGUCCUUCCGAGGUGA